ACAUCGAAACUUCGAAAUUCUAAAAAAUUUCUUUUUGCUAAAUGGUGGAAUCGUUUUAAUAUGCUUUCUGACAAAAAAAUCCAAUUUUCAUUGUGUGUUUUCAACGAAUGUCGUAAAUAAAUCCUAUAAAAUGGAUGAUAGAGAACAGAUAAUUAGUGCAAAUGUAACACCUGAAUUGUACUUUUUAAUAGCGAAAUUUUUGGCCGACGGUCCACUUCGAAAUGCAUCUGAGGUUCUGAUGCAAGAGUUGGAUCGCUUAAAGGUUUUUCCGAGAAGAAUCGACUGGACGGGAGAGGAACAUGAACAAACCUUUGCCGAAUUGGAACGCCAAUUCUCUCAUAUUGGCCCGCUACACCUACUUGAAAUAUGCAAACGUGUACCAGCUCUGUUGGACAAAGAACUGGUGCCCAGCGUAAAUGGCGUAACUUCCCUAUUGGGAGCGGGACGCCAAAGUCUACUUCGAACAAAAGAAACAAUCACAGCGCCCAAAGGUAUCGUUGCACAUUGUAGUCGAAUACAUGGCAUGCCGGUGCUGGAGUCAAUUAACAAAAAACCGGUGAACAAUAUCGUCCAAGUAUUGUAUGGCAGAGAAAGUUCGGGCCCGAUAACCCGGAAACUAGCUGUGCCUACAAAGUUUUACGGAAAAUUGGACCUACUGCGACGAUCGCUCGGACAUUUGUCAGCCGUUUAUUGUGUGUUGUUUGACCGAUCGGGAAAGUACAUAAUUACGGGAGCCGAUGAUUUGCUGGUGAAACUUUGGAGUGCAAUCGAUGGUCGACUGUUAGCCACAUUUCGUGGUGCAUCGGCCGAAAUCACCGACAUUGCAGUAAAUUUAGAUAAUACGUUGCUAGCAGCUGGUUCCUUAGAUAGAAUCUUACGUGUAUGGGACAUGCAAACCGGCGGACCCAUAGCCGUUCUAUCCGCACAUACUGGCAUGAUCACAUCGGUUAAUUUUUGCCCAUCACGAAAUCGUGAAUUAAAAUAUUUAGUCACAACCAGCACCGAUGGUUCGGUGGCAUUCUGGCAGUAUUAUACGCCACGAGGAGCUAAGUCAUCAUUUGCCUCGAAGCCGAUCCAAUUUCUCGAAAAAAUUCGUCCGGGACAAGCUCAGAUGAUCUGUGCGUCAUUUUCACCGGGCGGCAAAUUUCUGGCGGCAGGCUCUGCAGAUCAUCACGUUCGCGUGUAUUUGAUGGGUGAAGAGGGUCCGAAACGGAUAUUGGAAAUCGAAGCGCAUACGGAUACGGUCGAUUCGAUACAAUGGGCGCAUCAGGGACUGAAAUUUGUGUCCGGCGGCAAGGACGGAAUUGCUUACAUGUGGACUUUUGAAUCUCAACAGUGGAAAUCGAUGAAACUGAGCAUGACCGAACGAUUGCCGGGGGAGAAUGUGUCGGAAGACGAUGCACGAAAGCUCAAAGUGACGAUGGUUUCCUGGGACGCUAGCGAUAAGUGGGUUAUAACAGCUGUAAAUGACUUUUCGAUAAAAGUAUGGAAUUCAGCUACCGGAAAGCUUCACAAAGUAAUGACUGGCCACACGGACGAACUAUUCGUCCUCGAAUCACAUCCCAUCGAUCCGCACGUUUUGGUAUCGGCAGGUCAUGAUGGUCAACUGUUCAUCUGGGACAUUAUGGAGGGUCAAUCAAUAGCACACUUCGUUAAUCACAUUGAUGGCCAGGGAAACGGAGGCAUUUUCGAUGCGAAAUGGUCACCGGAUGGAUCGAUGAUAGCGGCUACCGAUUCCCAUGGACACAUACUCAUGUAUGGUUUUGGGUCUGGCCAUCCGAGACUCAAAAUGCUUCCGAAAGAAUUGUUUUUCCACACCGACUAUCGUCCGUUGAUUCGAGAUGUGAAUCACUACGUCAUGGAUGAACAAACACAAACCACUCCGCACUUGAUGCCCCCUCCAUUUUUGGUUGAUGUUGAUGGCAAUCCACAUCCGCCAUCGUUUCAACGUCUCGUUCCAGGCCGAGAAAACUGUACGACAGAGCAAUUGGUGCCAAACAUCACUAUUGGCCCAGAAGGAGUUGAAGUUGUCGAGUCGCCGAAUACUGUGUCGAAUAUCGAUCGUUUAAUUGCUGCUCUAGCUAAUCGACAAGGGCCUGGACAAGCGCCAGAUUCAAAUAAUGAACGUGAUCAACAAGCCAAUCGACCUUCAAACUCCCCUCGUGCAAAUGGUCGCGUUGGUUCAGUUCGUCGAUCGGGUGAUGUUGAAGGUGUACGACAGAGUUCCGGCAAUUGGCAGAGAGACGUGAACUUGAAAUGGAUUCGCCGAAUAUAUGUUCAGCCGAUGAGAUAUUCUCGUUUGCAGACGUUGCGUCAAAAGGUAUACCAUGCUGGGCUAUUGGAGCAGGAUAUUUAUCGUCGUGAAAUGCGUCGUCGGCCCAUGAUGAUUAAUACAUCGAUAACAAGCUCGUCGUCGUUGCGAUCGGCAAAUAAAAAUCGAAACAGUGGAAGAGGUCGAAGACCAGGCGCAAGUGUUACGCCAGCUUACCGAACGAGAGCCGUACGCGAACGUGAAGAUAUGGACGAUGAUGAUCCGGACGUCAUUGCAUCGGCAAGUAGCGAUUCAGAUAAUACGAGCGAUGCUACAGCAGCAGAAGAUCUGUCUGGAUCGAGCAGCUCUUCAGAUACAGAGAGUUCCGAUUAUUCGGACUGGGUUGGUACCGAUCAAGCAUUGGAGCCGCCAAAGCGAUCGAAACGAAAGUCCGUGCAAAAUCGAUCACACUCACCGACCAAUAGUGACAUGAACCAAAACACUGAACGAACAGUCGGACGCAAGAAAGUUGUAAUACCCGAAGGUGAAAUACCGGAAUCGUAUCGACCACCGGAGUGGCUGUCCGAAGUUAUCCCGAAGAAAACUCCUUACUAUCCGCAAAUGGGUGACGAAGUGGUUUACUUUCGGCAAGGACAUCAACGGUAUUUGGAUGCGGUCCGAUCGAAAAAGGUGUACAAGCUCAGCAACAAUGUCGAACCCUGGGUUCAAUUUGAUUUGCGAGACAAUGAAGUCGUUAAAGUCAUUGGCAUAAAAUACGAAAUUCGUCCGCCGCGUUUAUGCUGCCUAAAGCUGGCACUCUUAAAUAGUGAUGGAUCAUUCACCGGCCAAUCAUUCUCCAUCAAAUAUCACGAUAUGCCCGACGUGCUCGACUUCAUAGUAUUGCGGCAAACUUAUGACACAGCCGUACAGCGAUUAUGGACAACUGGAGAACGCUUCCGGUGCAUGAUAGACGAUGGCUGGUGGAUGGGUGUCAUUGAAUCACGAACGCCGCUGUCACCGGAUUUUCCACAUUCACUGUUCAUGUGCUUCCGAAUCCGAUGGGACAACGGUGAAUACGAAUUUAUGAGUCCGUGGGACAUGGAACCGAUCGACAAUAAUCGAAUACCGACCGAGGUCGGUGGAGCCGUUCCAGUGUUGCCGGAAGAAUUACGAGCUACCUUAUAUCAGCCGCGUUCGGAGGAAUGGCCACGUGGCGAUCGAGACGCAACAUGUCGUCGCAUCAUCAGCGGUUUGGAAGAAGUUAUGGGACUGGCCAUAGCCGAUCCCUUUUUGGCGCCAGUCGAUUUGAACAUUUACCCGACCUAUGCGUACGUUAUUGAAUAUCCGAUCGAUUUGACGACGAUUAAGGCGCGAUUCGACAAUCAUUUCUAUCGACGGUUAACGGCCGCUCAGUUCGAUGUCCGAUACUUGGCCACAAAUGCGGAGAGAUUCAAUCAGAGCGGUAGUCACAUCAUAAAACACGCACGAAUUAUAACGGAUCUGUGCUUACGAAUCAUCAAAGAUCAAAACAUAGUCGACGUCGGAGCCGUUUACCACCAACUAAUGGACACUUAUGUAACUACCGAUACAGACGGCGACAAUGAAGCUGGCCCAUCAAUGCGUAAUGCAUCCUCGUCGGGAGCACGACGGUCAACGCGACUACGACGUGCACCGGAAGUCGAUUGGCGCGUUAAGUGUCGCGAUGUUUUGGAUGCAAUCUGGCAGUCAAACGAUUCGGAACCGUUCCGGGAACCGGUUGAUUUGAUCGAACAUCCUGAUUACCUGACCUCAAUCGACACUCCAAUGGAUCUACGUACGGUUAAAGAAGAACUGCUAGGCGGUAAUUACAAAUCGGCCACUGAUUUUGUAAAAGACAUGAGACUGAUCUUUACGAAUUCUCGUAACUACAACACAAACAAACGAUCUCGAAUCUACUCAAUGACCUUACGUCUCAGCGGUUUGUUUGAAGACAAAUUGGAGCAAUUAUUUUACAAUUGGAAGUCAACAAAGCGACGGCCAGCGAAGAAAAAACCCAGUCCAUCACAAUCGCAUCAACAUCGACCCGGGCCUACAACUCGACGGUCUACUGCAACGCAUGCAAAUGGUAGUGUUGAAGAAGAGAGUGACGAUGAUGAUGACGACGAUGAUGAUCUUCCACUGCGGAACGGUCGAGCAUCGAGACGAAACAUACAACAUACGACAUCGAAUGGGGUGUCGUCAUCAGUCAAUACUGAACCGGUUGCAGGUCCUAGUACAUCACGUGGCCAUACGCGAAAGUCUCGUGCCGAUAGUGUAGACCAAUUGCGUGAGACUAGUUCAAACAGCUCAUCAAGUUCCAGUGAUAGCGAUGGUAGCGAUAACGAUAGUGAUGAUGAACCAUCAAUUCCAGUAUCUGCGUUAGGUACACACCGUGUGCGGCGACGAAAUUCGGAUUCGGAGGCUAGCUAUAAGCCGAAUCGACGGAUAACAAAGCCAAAGAGACGAAAGAAACGAAAAGGAGACAAGAAAGACAAGCGAAAGAAAUCGAACGGAGGUGUAGGUCGACCAGGGCGUCCACCAAAGCAAAGAAUCAUACACAGUGAUGAAGACUAUGCUGUAAAUAAUCGAAAUUCUGAAUCACCAAAGAAAUUGCCCGGUCGUCCGAAGCGCAGUCGACGAGCUCGUGAAAGUAGUAGUAGCUCCGAUGGUGAGCUGAAGCGAAGAAAACAGAGAAAGCGAAGAGGUUACAACAGCGGCUCUGACAAUAGCUGUACAUUGAAUAAUUCGCAGCCAGUGGAACGAAAUCCACUCGAAACUGAUUCUGAUGGUCAAGUGGUGCGAUCAACUAGAGGCAGAAAAAAGAAAACAUGGCCACGCGAGGCAGACAGUCAAGACGAUCAGGAUCAUAAUCAACGACAUAGAGCGACUCAAUCAUCACAAACCGUGCAAAGACGAUAUCCACAGCGAAAAUUGUUGACUGACUCCGAUAAUAGUCCCGACGAACAAACCUCUUCCAGACGAACGAAUACUUUCCGUCGUGACACUCGAAGUCGUGCAUCGCAAGAAGAGAGCGACGACGAUCAAACACUUAGCCAAGUGAUCAUGAACAGCAGUUUUCGGUCUCGAUCACGUCGUAGCUUCGUUACCGAGCCCGCCACAAAUGGUAUCUCGUCACGAAUUGUUACAAGACAACAAAUGCCUACCUCAAGUCAACGUUCAGUCACAACAACGCAUGAAGUAAUACCAGUGCGCCUGCAGCGUUCCUCCGUCCAAGAGGAUCACAAUUACGACGAACCGGGACCAUCAUCACGCUACACUCGUCGAAAUAAUGUGACAUUAUCCAGACAUCAGCGAAAUGCCGAUGAGCUUGACUGUCCCACUACUCAACGAACUGAAAUGCAUCGCAUUAUACCAGCUCAAUCGAGCAUUUCCGGCCGACUCAGGCAACGUAUGGUACCUGCUGUCACUAGUACAUUGCCAUCGUCUAGUUCGCGAACGCCAAGAACGGUUCGGUUACCGGAACGAAUCAAUGAAGAUGACGAUGCCAAUGACGACGAUGAAAGCGAUCCAGAAGACGAUAAACCGUUAAGCCAGACACGAACUGCGUCCGGCCUACCGAUGCGAAAUCGAUCAUUCUGCGACGAUGAAUACUUACCCGGUCAGCCGUCAACGUCGAAGUCGUCACGCAGCACCCGUGCAUUGAAGCGGCAAUACUACAAUGAGGACACCGAUGAAGAGACACAAAAUGGUAACAAUCCGAGUGCAAAGCGAAGACUGCAAACAUCCAGUGAAACGCCACUGCGUGCUUCACAAUCGAACAAUGCCACUGCAACGACUACGACGAGUCAAUUUGAGUCGGAUAACAGUGAAGAUGAGCUGCCGCUCAGUGUAAGUAGCCGUGGCCGAAUACGAAAAAUUAAUCCGAAAGCGCGAGGCCUUUUCCGCGAAUAGAACCGUAUAUGUUCUGACCACUUUAACCAGCUGAAAUUAUCGUGAUUGUUGAUAGAAAGGAAAAUUGUUUUCUUUUUCCCCCGAUUUAAGUUAUUUUGCGUUUAAUGUGUCAUUUUUCUCUGAU